AUGCCUUCUAGUGGUUCGGCCGUGACACCUCAAGUUACUUGUGGGUACUAUGGUAAACCCAAUUACUCUGAGAAUGAUUGUUGGAGAAAGUCUGGGAAGUGUUUGGUUUGUGGAAGUACCGAGCACCAACUCGCAUAUUGUCCAAGAAAAAUGAAAAUAGGAGGUAGCAUUCAAAGGGCAGAAAAAUCAAUCUCUAAGCAGACCAAUGUUGGAAGAAGCCGACCAAAGGUAUCGGUUAGGGUUUAUGCAUUGGACCAUCAUCAAAUACCUGAUGCAACUGAGGUGGUUGAAGAUUUCCUCAAGGUGAUAAGGGAUGCUUGGGCUAUACCAGUACAGGCCAUAGGGAUGGAGAGGUUUUUUCGAAAGUUGAUGAGCACCAAAACCAAGCUUUGGGAGUGGAACAAAUCUGUCUAUGGGAAUAUAUUUCAGCGGGUGGUGGAGGCGGAGCAGGUCUACAAAAAUCGGGAAGCGGAAUAUGAUGCCCAUCGGACCGAGGAAUCGAAACUACGGCUGGGGGAGGCUCGCGCGGCUCAUGUUCGAGCCCUGGCUGUUGAAUGUGACUUUUGGCGACAAAAAACUGCCGUUAAAUGGAUAAAGGCAGGUGAUGCUAAUACAAAGUACUUUCAUGUGUUAGUUAAGCAUCGUCGGAAUGUAAAUUUCCUUUCUCGCAUCAGGGAUGAUGUCAAGGGGUGGUUGGAGCUGACUGAUAAUGAAGCUUUGCAGCGUAUGCCUUCAGCGGAUGAAAAUCUGCAGGGCCUCACUCUAGCUAUUCAAGAUUACUCUAAGGGCAGUCCCCAACUGCGUGGUUUUACCAGCACUAGCAUAGUUCUCAUCCCGAAGGUAGAUGGGGCGGCAUGUUGGAAGGAUUUCAGGCCUAUCAGCCUUUGCAACAUGAGCUCGAAAAUAAUUUCUAAACUUCUUGCAAAUAGAUUGAAUACCUUGCUUCCAAAGCUGAUCUCACCAUGGCAAUCGGGGUUUGUUCCUGGGAGGAGUAUUUGUGACAACAUCUUGUUGGCGCAGGAGCUUGCCUUCGAUCUCAAUAGGCGCCUGGAGGCACCAAACUUAAUCUUGAAGUUGGACAUGAAAAAGGCUUAUGAUUGGGUAGAGUGGGAUUUCCUUAUCUUCAUGCUACGUCAGCUCGGGUUCCAAGAAUGGAGUAUUGAUCUGCUGUUCCGGACAUUUUCCAACUCAUGGUUUUCUGUACUAAUUAAUGGGACUCCAUCUGGAUUCUUCAAGUCUACUAGGGGGGUUCGGCAGGGUGACCCCUUGUCACCAGACCUAUUCUUGGUCGUGGCGGAAUUUAUGGGCCGUGGUAUUCAUAACCUCUACCUAAGGGAUGUCCGGAGGUUCUAUGUUUCUGCUGGCACUAGUGUACCGUUUUUGGCUUUCGCAGAUGAUAUCCUGAUCUUUGCGUGGGGUUCAAGGGAUUGUUUGGAUGCUUUGGCAGUGAUGCGACUGCCAAAAACCAGAUCCGAGCUGAGCUGUGGUAAGCCUGGCUGUUCGGGUGCUGCCGACCUGAGAGGGCGAAUCGAGCUAGGGGUCCUGAAAAGAGAAGACGGAGGCGGGACUGAUGUCCCCGGAAUAGCUCCGACGGUCAAGUCAGUUUAG